UCAACAUCAAACAGGAAAAGAGGAAGUAUGAUUAUAUAUCUCUACAAUUUUCCUUAUUUAAUGCUUAAUUUAAAUUCCACUUUUCAAGAAAAGAUCGAAAUAAGUUUUAAUAAAUCCUGACCUAUUACAGUCUAGUUAUCAUGACUAGUGCUUUUGCUUCCCAUGCUAAUCGACAUCCCAGUUAAAUUGUGUCCUAGCUAGAAUAAUAACACCCAUCCUUCCUCUUAAAUACCUCUUAAAUCUCCUUCACAUAUCUCAACAACCCAAAAGGAAUUUCUUUGUUUUUAUAUCAUCAUUAAGUCUCAUAAAACCAAGCUCAAAAGUAUGGCCAAUUCAUCAUCUCCACUACUCACAAACCAUAAUGAUGAAGAGAAUACUAAUCCCUACAAUUUUUGUCACUCACCCCGAAACAAAAACACAUCAGUCAACGACAAAAUCGAGCAAUGCAUUGAAAACUUAGGAUGGGCGCAAAUAGUGCAAUGUCUUUUGGUUUCUCUCGCUUGGGCAUUUGACGCCCAACAAGCGUUUAUCUCUAUUUUUACUGAUACCGAGCCCUCGUGGCAUUGCACGACAGGCUCAUGUGGUGAUGAUAUAUGUAGCCUCAAGGGCCAGACUUGGGCUUGGGAUGCGCCCUUAGAAACAUCAAUUAUUUCGGAAUGGGGGUUACAAUGUGUGAGCUCGUUAAUAACAGGUUUACCUGCCUCGUCUUUUUUUAUUGGUUGUGUCAUAGGUGGUCUUGUGUUGGCUACCUUGGCAGACACAUGGCUCGGACGCAAAAAUCUUUUAAUACUAUGUACCCUAGCCAUGUCAUUAUCAGGCAUUUUCACAGCACUAUUUUCAAGUAAUAUAUGGAUUUACGCAUUUUUAAGAUUCGUUUCGGGCUUUGGUAGAGCAGCAAUUGGGACAUGUUCAUUGGUGUUGGCUACUGAAGUUGUUGGAAAACAAUGGCGAGGUCAAAUUGGGGUAAUUGGGUUCUUUUUUUUCUCAUUUGGGUUUCUCUCACUACCAGGGAUUGCUUAUUUAAAUCAAGGUCAUUCAUGGAGAAAUAUGUACAUAUGGACUUCAGCCCCAGCACUUAUCUAUAGUGUACUAGUAUUUAUAUUUGUUAAGGAAUCACCUCGGUGGCUACUUAUACGAGGACGGAGAGAAGAAGCCAUGGAUGCACUUAAAAAUUUCGCAACAUUACAUCAAAGUAGUCUUACUUUAAGUUUCUUCGGGGAGGAAGAAACCUCAUGCGGAAAUGACAUUAAUGUCUUCUCCGCAAUGAAAAAUAUGGUGUCAAGGGCAUGGGCCCUAAGACGAUUGAUAACCGUCUCAUUCAUAUCUAUUGGAAUUGGAAUGAUUUACUAUGGCAUGCCCUUAGCCCUAGGGAAUUUACCUAUGAACCUUUAUUUAAGUGUUUCCCUUAAUGCAUUGUCUGAAUUACCAGGGUUAUUUUUGACGUUUGUUUUGGUUGAUAGAUUAAGCAGGCGAUCUGCUAUAAUAGGGUUUACUUUAGUGAGUGGAAUCUCAAGUAUUUUUGUAGUAGGAGCAGGACAUUUUGCGAAAAAUAACGAGUAUAUAAUGUUCCUACAAAUUGGGUUUGAGAUGCUUUCAUUCUUAUGUGGAGUUUCGGCAUUGAACCUUAUGCUGAUCUUCACUUGUGAGUUGUUCCCUACUUGUGUUCGGAACUCAGCUUUGUCUAUGGCUCGCCAAGCACUAGUGUUUGGUGGGGCAUUUGCCCCACCAUUAGUGGCUGCAGGACGGAAUAUUCCGUUUAUCGCAUACGGUGUAUUCGGGGUAGUGAUAGGAGUUUGUGGUUCAUUUGCGAUUUUCUUGCCGGAAACUAGGGGAACUACACUGACGGAUACACUGGAGGAGGAAGAGUUCCAGGCACAAAGGCUAGGUAGUUUUUGGGCUACUCACUAACCGAAAACUAACUCCUGGUUUUAUGCGGUCCAUGCUAUUAUAUAAUGAGUACAAUAUAAAACAAUAGAUAAAUAUAUUAGAAUGUUACAAUAAUAUACAAACACUUAAUAUAGAUUAAAAUUUGAUUAAUGUUUGCAAAAUUAUAUAUGUUUGGUUCAUAUAUUAUAUAAAAUAUCUUUAUGUAUGGAAAAUUAUUAUUCUUUUCCUUCUUAUUUGUUUGUCCAUUAUAGAAAAAGCACACAAACUAAG